CACCGUGAGACCGUGUGAUAUGAGAAUUUUUGUUUUUUCGAAUACCCCAUCUCCAGUCGGCCAAAUUUUUCAAUGGGCCAAUUCCUUCUAAAUACAAUACCAGGAAAUAGCAGACCAUCUACUCAAGUGUCGCCCAAUUCCUCGUUCUUGUUCCAUCCUCGACUCUCGUCUCCCCCAUUUCGGCAUUCCUUCUAUCCCUCGAAAAAACUAGUCACCCAUUCUUGCACCACUUCUCCCAGUACAGUAGAAGAACUCCGAAAAUGGCGGAUUCAGCAGAACUUAAGAACGAGCAAACAAACCAUCUGGAAGAUGAUAGCCAAACUAGUGAAGAUUCAGAGACUGCCACAACUACGACGCAAAAAUGGCCCGGUUGGCCUGGCUACAAUGUUUUUCGACUUAUUGUUCCUGUUACCAAAGUUGGGAGCAUAAUUGGUCGUAAAGGGGAGCUCGUUAAGAAGAUUUGUGACGAAACUCGAGCUCGGGUUCGUGUUCUUGAAGCCCCUGUUAGCAGUGCUCCCGAUCGUGUUGUGCUGAUAUCUGGGAAGGAAGAGCUAGAUGCUCCUGUGUCUCCAGCAAUGAAUGCUGCUAUAAGGAUUUUUAAGCGUGUUAGUGGCAUUGGUGAGGGUGAUGACAAAGGUUCCGCUGCUGAUGUAGCUGCAUUUUGUUCAAUAAGGCUAUUAGUUCCAUCCGCGCAAGCUCUUACUUUAAUUGGAAAACAAGGAUCUACUAUUAAAUCAAUACAGGAGAGUAGUGGUGCUGGUGUGCGGAUUUUGCCUGAAGGUGAACUUCCCUUAUACGCAACCUCUAACGAGAGGCUUGUUGAGAUACAUGGUGAGACUUUUAAGGUUCAAAAAGCAUUGGAAGGCAUCCUUGGUCACCUGAGGAAGUUUUUGCAUGAUCACGGCGUUUUGCCGAUGUUUGAGAAUACAUGUAAUGCUACAUUUUCACAGGAUCAAGAGACUAACGAUUCCUUGGCUCAGAAUAGGACUAGUGUGGACAAUUCUUUGUUGCUGAAACGAGAAAGUUAUUUUGAGCGUGAAGCUGAACUAGAUUUGAAGUUUACUCGUUCUGCAGUGUCACUCUAUGGAUUAGAUCCACCUUUGAGUUCUCUUCAUUCUGCAAGAACAACUCGUGCUUCUGCUCCUCUAGUUACUCAGGUUACACAUACAAUGCAAGUACCUCUUUCCUAUGCUGAAGACAUAAUUGGAAUUGCUGGAAGAAAUAUUGCCUACAUCCGCCGUUCUAGUGGUGCAUCGCUUAGCAUCCAAGAAAGCCAAGGUCGAGGCGGUGAGAUCACUAUAGAAAUAAAGGGGACUGCGACAGAGGUCGAGAUUGCUCAACAGCUCAUCCAGGAGUCGAUUAAUGGCCAGAAGGCAGCGACUUCAUCUAGCAUCUAUGGCAGAAGUGAAUUGGGAUUGGGUGCUUCCUCCUAUUCGCAGCUGUCUGAGUCAACGUAUAACCCGUCAUCUUUAUCGUCCUUAUCAUCCUAUUCAAGUAAAGGUCUUGGAGGAGAUUAUAAUUCGGGUUUGGGAGGUUAUAGUCAUAGAUACAGGUAUUGAGUCUUUAUAAUAGCUGCUAAAGGCAGAAUUGCUUUGGCCUUGUAACCCAACUUUCAAAACUAGUAUUGUUUGCUAGAUGAACUUUCUCUAAUAGAAUUUUGCUUUUCCAGUUGCAUACAAAUCUUGUUAAAUAUGAUCGGCACAAGCUGUGAAGUAGUCGAUAUUCUUUUCUUUGCUUUAUAAAUGCAGCUUUUUGUUGUUUGUAAAA